GUACGGUAAUGAUAUUAUAUUAUAACAAUUACAAAUAUUUUAAUGUUAGAUAAAUAUAUCAUGAGUGGCGACUGCAGGUUGUCCGAAAGGGCGACAACGAAUAGCGAUUUGCGUUGGUUGACGUGCCGGCGGCGGUUGUUUUUAAACGAUAGCUUCAACAAAAAUAACAAAAUAAAUAUAUAAUAAUAACAACAACACCGAACGCCGGCGAUGUAGACACGUUCGAGUGUUCGCGCACGCGCACUCUCUGCGUUCACGGUGCGGUGCCCCUCCGCAUCAUCAUCGUCGCCGACGGCGAAGGUCCGGCGGGGCGGGACGAAAUGUUAUUUUCUACUACGCACUUUACGCACUUGCGCACGCACACGCACGAAGCGCGACGCCGACGCGUCCAAAUAUUGGAACCUCCUUGUUUCCAGCGCUUGCCGGCAUCGAGCGCGGCCGACCUUGAUGCCUGUACAUUGUUAUUGUUUACAUCAGACUCACAGCUGUGGCCAAUCGGAGCGCCCCGUUCGUCAACUGCGCAAUUCAGUCUGGAAGCGGCGGUUUUGCUUUUGCGUAUCGGCGGACCCCAUCGUCAUAUCGGCUUUUUACCCACCACACACAUCAUCGUCACCGUCGGUUCCGAGCGCAUUGUCUGUCCGCCAUCGUUGUAUCCAUACAUACCAAAUCCUUUAUACCGGGCCAAAUUUUUCUCUAGUUUUUUCUAGUCUUACAAGCAUUGUUUUACAUGUUGUAAUAUUUCGUUUUUUAUACGUUUUGCGAACGCGAUUCUCGUCUGAUCCGCUGAAAAGACUCGACGCACACGCCUAACCCAUCUACCUCAUCGACCCUGCCGAGUACGAGUACAGCGUGGUGUCACGCCGGUACCUUAUAGAAGUUCGAACGGUGUCGAUAAUAACCGAAAAGCCGACGCCAUGGCCGAAGUCGACGAUGCUGUCAUCGACGUCGUAGCGUCCGAGGUGAUCAACGGUUGUACCAUCACCGGGGACAGCGACUAUUCGGACAAGGCUGUGGACCCGACGUCUGUGGAGAUGCGCGUCAAGCGCAAGGCCAAACGGCUGGCCAAGUCCCUAUCCCGGGACAGCGGCAUCGUCAACGGACAUGGCGGCACCGCCACUGUGGUUCAACUCAAGAGGCGCUGGAAGAACAACAGAAAGUCCAGGAACGGUUUCACCAAGAGAGGAGAAAUCAAAAAAGGCGGUGCUGGUGGUAAAGGCGUUUGGGGAAAGUUAGGUGAAGAAAGUGAUUUGGAUGCCGCUAUUGAUAUGAAGGAUCCUAAUUAUGAUAGUGAUUUGUUGGAUGAUGAUAAUAUUGUGUUACGAGAAAUCACUCCAGAAUCAUCUGAUGAAGACCUCAAAAAUUCCAUUACAUUUAAUAUUCUUGAGUAUUAUGAACAUGGUGAUACUGAUGAAGCAGCAAUGACAUUAAGCGAGCUAAACAUAGUUAGCAAAUGGCACUUGAUAACUCAAGUUUCCGUUGAAGUAGCUCUCGAGCACAAACCAUCACAAAGAGAGAUGACAUCUAUCUUGUUAUCUGAUUUAUAUGGGCGUUUAAUCAAGCAAAAAGAAAUAGCCCAAGGCUUUGAUGUCAUUUUGGGUAAUCUUCCUGAUCUCAUUCUUGAUACUCCCGAUGCUCCUAUUGUUGUUGGCUGUUUCUUAGCCAGAACCAUCGCGGAUGACUGUCUCCCACCUAAGAUUAUAGACUUCUUCAAAGAGAAAAACUAUAGUGAUUUAGCUAAUCAAGCGUUGAUAAAAGCCCACAACUUGUUGAAUAUAAAACAUGGAUUGACUAGACUUGAUAAUGUUUGGGGUGUUGGUGGUAGUUUAAGGCCAGUACAGUAUCUUGUGAGACAAAUGAACAUGCUUUUGGAUGAAUACUUAUGUUCAGGUGAUUUGCAAGAAGCCAUUAGGUGUAUUUUGGAAUUGGAAGUACCACAUUUCCAUCAUGAACUUGUUUAUGAGGCUGUUGUUGAUGUUAUUGAAGCUAUGAAUACUCAUACCGAAAUAUCUAUGUGCAAGUUACUUAAAGCGUUAUAUGAUGCUAUUAUUAUAACCCCUGAAAUGAUGAAUAAAGGUUUUGAUAGAGUGUUUGAUGUUCUGGAUGAUAUAUCUAUUGAUGUCCCAUUAGCAUCUGCUGUCCUUGAACGUUUUUUGGAUAUGUGCAUCAAUGCUGGAUUUUUAGAAAGAGAAGUGUUGCGUAAAAUACCAACAAGAGCAUCGGCUCGUAAGCGGUAUGUAUCUGAAGGUGACGGUGGACGCCUCAAAGAAGCAUAAAAACUAAGAAAAGAACCAUUAAAAAACCUAUACUCCUCUUCUCCUCUACCUCUAGAGUACAGUAUUUUUUUUUCUCAAUGUUUGAUUUGAUAUAAUUUUUUUUUGUCAUUGUCAUUAUUUAAUAAGAUUUUAAUUAUAAAAUAUAAUUAUUUCAUUAUAAUUACAAUUGUCCUUAGCAUUACAAACUAAUUUACAUAUUCCAACUCUAUUUUUAGUAAUGUAAGUAAAGAUAUGUUAUGCAUAUGUUGACAAAUCUAUUACUUAGCUGUAUUAUUAUGCCAGCUAAGUUGUUGCUUAUCAAUAAUAAUAAUAAUAAAUUAAUAUGUCAUGAUUAGUAUUCAAAAUCAGCAAUAUCUGUUUCAUAACAAUGCAAGUAAUAAGAAUUAAUUAUUUAUUAUAAUAUUAUAUUCAUGUUUGACAUAUUAGUAAAUACUGUACUCAUUAGCAUCAUAUUGGUUGAACGAAUUAGAGAGUUCUUUUAUAUAUUUAGGUUUACGUAAAAAAAAAAAAACAAUUUCUUGAUUAUAACAUUUUUUAUUUUUAUUUUAUUUUUUUUGUAUAAUUCAUUGGCUUAUUAUGAGAUAGUUUAUGCAAAGAAUUUUUUCACUACUUUUUCAUGUAAAUUUUUUUGACAUUCUAAAUUAACUAUUUAUUUGUGUUACUAUGAGUGUAUUUUCCAGAUUAGUUCAACCAUUUUCUAAAACAUUUAUAAUAAAAUUGUGUAUUCUGUUCAGUACAAAAUUAUAUAAUAUAGAUAUUAUGUAACAUUCUUAAGCAAUAUUUUUUAGUAUUAUACAAAUAAUACAUAAUUCCUAGUGACCAUUAUGUAUAUCAAUAAAAUAACUGUAAUUUAUUAUUAUCAGAAUAAUAUUAACUAUAUUGUACUCGAGUUAAGAAUCAUACUUGGCAUGGACCAGUGUUUGUCUCCUUCACAGAGUCAAAUGCCUAUGUGCCUGUCAUAUAUGAAUGUCCUCACUAUAAAUCAGCUAUCAAGUAUGGUUCUUAAAUAGAAUUAGUUGCCAACAUAUUUAUGUUCCCUAAAAGCUGAAUUGUCUGUUUAAUUUU